CAGGAGGUUCAAAUAGAAAUAAAAUAUAGCAGCAUGUGCAAUUGAAAAUUCUCUUCUCUGCAUCCCCUCUCUUAUAUGUGGCUCUGUCACUGCCAGCCAACAAAGCAUGGAGGAGGAUAUUUGACUUUUGCACUUUCUAGUUUGCAUUAUUGUCUUUCUUUAAAACUAUCAUCAAUCAUAUUUUACUUACCAAUCAAUGUUCAAAUUACCAAAGCUUUUUUUCCUCACUGAAUUAGAGAUUCUUCUUGGUUAUGUACCAAAGAAUACUGUGUUAUCACUUAUCAAUGGACCAACAGAUACAACUGCAUUAAGUUAUUGGUUGAAUUGGAGAUUCUUCUUUUGUGCACUAUGGAUUUUCAUUUCAAUGAUACUAGCAUCUUAUUUAAUAUUCAAGUAUGAAGGAUUCAAUAAAGAAAGAUCUUCUGAGAGAGAUGAAAAUCAUCAAGAAGAAGAUGGAUUGUUAUAUGAAGAUGAAGCUUGGAAUACUUGUGUUAAAGGAAUUGAUCCUAUAUGGUUACUUGUUUAUAGAAUCAUUUCUUUUGUUAUUCUUUUGGCUUUGAUCAUUGCCAAUGUUGCUGUUUCAGGAGCUAGUAUAUUAGCCUAUUACACUCAGUUGACCUUCACUUUGGUCACUAUUUACUUUGGGCUUGGAUCAUCUUUCUCAAUAUAUGGAUGUUUAUUAAAACACAAUGAAUUUGGGGCAAGAACAGUAAACGGUGCUUCUAUAGAUGCAGAAAGCACUUAUAUGGCUCCAUCUCUUGAAGGGGUUUUAGAUAUUCCUCUACUUCCUAAGUGUCCUAAUCAGGAAUUUCAUACCAGGGAAAUUGCUGGUGUAUGGGGUUACAUUUUUCAGAUAAUUUAUCAGACUUGUGCAGGUGCUGUAUUUCUCACUGAUUUUGUAUUUUGGUUCGUCCUUUAUCCAGUGAGAGCAUUCAAUAACGACAAACUUGAUUUUUUGAAUUUUUGUAUGCACACCAUUAAUGCUGUUUUCCUCCUUGGUGAUACAUCAUUGAAUUGUAUGAGAUUUCCAGUGUUUCGAUUUGCAUAUUUUCUCAUAUGGACAGCUGCAUUUGUGAUUAGUCAGUGGAUAAUCCAUGCUUGUGUUUCAAUUUGGUGGCCUUACCCUUUCCUUGAUCUGUCAUCUCCAUAUGCUCCCUUAUGGUACUUGGGAGUGAAUCUCAUGCAUUUUCCAUGCUACGGCUUAUUUAUUUUGAUAGUGAAGUUGAAGCAUUUUUGGUUAAAUAGAUCAUUUCCUGGAUCAUCAAGAAUUGUACAUUGAGUACACAUUCCAAAAAUAUUAAUCACUGAAUGAAGGCUACCCUUUAGCUAGCCAAACAAAAUUAUUUUGAAGAUUAGAUUUAGAUCAUUGUUUGUAUAUGUAAUACAUAUUCAUCUUUUCCACAUCUCUUAAUAAAUAUCCUCAACUUUUUCAAAA